AUGGCAAUAGAUAUCCUUCUCGAAGUAAGAGAUACGUUAAAUUGGGUAGAUCGAACAGAUGAUAGAGAUUUUAUAUCUCAACCUAACUCUCCGAUCUUAGAAUCUGAAAAAAAAAGCAAAAAGACCCCUCCACCGAUUCAGCAUGAUCAAUCGGUAAUUACCUACUUUGAGGCGAUAAAAUUAUAUGCUUUAGAAUCAGGCUUAGAAUUGGAUAGUAAAGAGCUUAAGAAAACUUUCUUCGAUGGUUUAUUGCUUGAGAAUAAAAAAUAUAUAAUCAGGUUUGGAAUUAAAAACACAUUGAAUGAGUUUGUUGACCACUUAAAUAACAUUACAAUUCAUUCUAACGAUAUGCAAAAAUUCCGAUUUGGGAUUGGGAUUAUAGAACAAGGCAAUGCUUCGGUAAUGGAUUAUUAUAUAAAAUUUAUAAGGUGUACUUCAAGUAAUAAUUCCUCUCCAAAGGAUUCGGAUCAACUCAAGUAUCUAUUUCUCCUAGGGUUAUCACCUGAUAAUCUGUUGGAAGCCAAAAAAUGUGGAUUGAAGCUUCCUUUGGAUGAAUUACUGGAGAGGCUUGAUGAUUUGGAGAUCGAAGAAAAUAUCCCUAUUGAGGCAUUAAUUGAUAUAGGCGCCGAUGUAAAUUGCAUUAGCCAAAAAAACAUAUUGGUUGAUUUGCAUAUCGGCUUUAAUGAUGGCGAGAAACAUAAAAGCACACCCGGCAAAUUCAUAGUUGUUGGACCAGAUUGGCCGGGACCUGAUUUAAUCUUGGGAGGGUCUUGGUUCCGAGAAAGUGGUGCAACCUUGGAUAUAUGCGAUUCAAAACUAUUAUUAGGCGAUAAUUUUGCGAUCCCAUUCAAAGAG